AUGAAGAAGAAGAAGAAGAAGAGUAGCAAAGGAGUCGGAAUCACAAAAUCAAAGCAAGAGAAGAAGAAAUCGAACAACAAGACAAGAAAAAGUUCGGCAAGAGAACCUGUCGUCCUAUUACUCCCAUCCUCUAACAGCAGUAGCGACUCACAGGAGGUCGAGGAUGAUGAAACGAAGACCGGAGUCAAGAAUCAAAGCACGAAGAGUCCCAAAAUCAAGAAAAUCGGCAAUGUUAAUAAUACUAAAAGAGAAGGAAAAGGUGGUAACUUUGAUGGAGAAGAAGAAGAAGAUGGGACGGCGUGUAGGUUUCCGAUGGCGAGGAUAAAGAGGAUUAUGAAGAGCGAAGAUUCUGAUUCGCUAUUUAGUCAGGAUGUCGUUUUUUUAGUUAACAAAGCCACGGAGAAGUUUGUGGAGCAAUUCAGCGAGGAAGCUUAUGAUUGUUCGGUUCAGGAUCGUAAGAAGUCUCUUGGUUACAAGCACCUAUCAACGGUUGUUAGUAAAAGGAGGAGAUUUGACUUCCUUUCAGAUUUUGUUCCUGAGAAAUUAAAAGCGGAGGAUGCUUUGGAAGAGAGAAAUUUGACUGAGACAGGGCAAGGAUUUUAUGAUGAAUACUCAAGAAAAUUACCAAGAUGGGGAAAAUUGCAUAAUCUUUUCACACCAAGGAGAGAAGAACGUAUGCCUUGCUCAAACAUGAGCAGGUGCGCACCUGCUCAAAAUUGA